UGUGUAUGAUGUUGGAGUUGCCAGGAUGUCUUUCCAUGCGGGUUAAUUAAUAUUUAGAUUUCAAACACAUACACAUUCAGCAGUGAUCAUGUUGACACAUGUGAGAGCCCGUAGCAGGAGUUUGUUCCACAGCUACAAGCCCGGCAGCCAAACUCAAGCCGUCAAAGAACCGUUCGACCAUCUGGACUUCACCUACACCUUUAAGCCAUGGAACUCCAUGCAGGAUCUGGGCAGAGACAUCUAUGAUCUUUAUGCUGAGUAUGAGGAUGAGGAGGAGGAGGAGGAGGAGGCUCGAUUCUCAGCAUCACCCUCCCGCCUGUUGAUCUCUCCAACCAAACACUUCAUUCUCAACAUCAAUGUUGGAGGAACGGUUUACCAACUGCCCUACAGAUUAGCUGCCAGGUAUCCAAAAACACGCAUUGGCCGGUUGGCCACGUACACGGACCAUAGCAGGAAGUUGGACCUGUGUGAUGACUACAUCGUCCAGAGCAAUGAGUUCUUCUUUGAUCGAGAUCCUAAAAUCUUCCACAACAUCUUCAACUUCUACAGAACUGGAGUGCUGUGGAUUAAAGAUGAGCUGUGUCCCCGCAAUUUCCUGGAGGAGAUAAACUACUGGGGCGUCAGAAUCAAAAACAGCCAACGAUGCUGCCGCAUCUCCUUCGAAGAGAGGCAGGAUGAGCUGAAUGAGCAACUGAAAAUACAGAAGCAGCUGAUGGCAGAGGUGGAGAUGGAGGAGAACGAGGAGUUAUUUCACGGCAUGGCCUUCGGGCCGACCAGGAGGAACAUCUGGAACCUGAUGGAGAAGCCGUUCUCCUCCAUCACCGCCAAGCUGAUGGGGGUCGCCUCCUCGGUCUUCGUGCUGGUCUCUCUGGUCGCCAUGACUCUCAACACCGUGGAAGAGUUGCAGUACAAAACAGCCUCAGGCCAGCUCAGUGGCAGAUUCUACGGAGAAUACGUAGAGACAUUCUGCAUCGCCUUCUUCACCCUGGAGUACCUGCUGCGCCUGGUGUCCACCCCUGACCUCAAGUGUUUCGGGCGUAGCGUCCUGAACACAGUCGACCUGAUCGCCAUCCUGCCGCACUACCUGCAGAUGGUCCUGGAGUGUUUCGAGGACAAGGACAUGCACCUGCAUUCAGGGGACAUCGAGACCGUGGCGCGUGUUGGAAAGGUGGGUCAGGUUCUGAGGAUCAUGCGUCUGAUGCGAAUCUUCAGGAUUCUGAAGCUGGCUCGUCACUCGACAGGCCUCAGAGCCUUUGGCUUCACGCUGAGACAGUGCUACCAGCAGGUGGGCUGUUUGCUUCUCUUCAUCGGCAUGGGCAUCUUCAUGUUUUCUGCCAUGGUGUACACUGUGGAGCAUGACGUCUACAACACGAACUUCACCUCCAUGCCACAUGCAUGGUGGUGGGCCGCUGUGAGUAUUUCCACGGUGGGCUACGGCGACAUGUUCCCAGAGACCAACCUGGGCCGCAUCUUUGCCUGCAUCUGCAUCUCCUUUGGCGUCAUCCUCAACGGCAUGCCCAUCUCGGUCCUCUACAACAAGUUCUCUGACUACUACACCAAGCUCAAGUCCCAGGAGUACACCGCUGUCACCAAGGCCCGCGGGAAGCUGCACUUUACCAGAAGGGCGGCGAAGAAGUUCUCCGAGUGCUGCGAGGAGGCCGUUCAGCCGAAGACUUCCCCGUUGCAGUGAGAUUUUCGAAAAUCUGGAAAAUUUAAAUCUUGGGGGAAUGGUUUUCGAGAAAUCACUGAUUCCUGAUGAGCACGGAUACAGCAAACAGUCCCUUCAGAAGCCUGAGCGUGACAUCACAGGAUGCUAAUGUGUCUCUACAGUCUGCAGAUGAAGAAUGAACCUGACAAAGCUGUACAAUGAUCACUUUACCCCCUCAGACCUUGAGUCAGAAUUUGAAUGCGGGACUCAGUGCGGUUUCAACAGUUUCUGAUGUUCCUGAAGGGACUCCUGUAUAUCUGCAUCAGCAGGCACCGAGAGAAAGGGGGAGAAACAUCCUCUGUACCGGUGCUGCAAGUUCAUAGUAACCUGGAGAACAAAAAAAAGAAAUGUUGGGCAGUUUUUUCCUUUUAGUCUGUUUAAUCUACAUAUAUCUACGCUAAAGCUGUCCACACCACCAUCAGCAGCCUCUUCUCUUCAUCCAUCAGCCUGUAAAGCUCACAUAUAAUCCAGGACUCAAGAGUGAACGACAACAGGACUGAAUUAAAUCAUAAGUUUAAGACCCAACAUCUGGACGAUGGAUAUGAGACCCGUUUAUCUCUCCCGUGCGUCUCUCUCUCUUUCUAAUAAUAAACCUAUGUCUCUCUA